CCAUUCACUUGUUGCAUUCAAAGGGCAAAAUAUUUCAGCCCCUUCCUGCCCAGCAAAACCCUGGUGAAGUCACCGGGAAUUUAGGAGGGAGUAAAACAAACAACGCGUUUAGCCUGACAGCCUGGUAAUUAAGCCCUGCAUCUUUGCACUAGCUAGUAAUUUUAGGGCCAGCUGGAGUAAAACAUCCCCAUGUGGGAUUUUAGCUCCCGUUCUCCAUGGAGAGGUAGGAUGCCGAGUCCGACCCCGUCACUCCAUCGUCCCUUAUGCUCAGUGCUCGGGGACGGGUGUGUAAAAGAGACGUGCUGAAGAUGACAGUCCCUUCCCGCCGCCCCUGCAGGAGCCUGCGAGCUCAGGCGCUGCACUUCGGGAGGAGCAGCGGCGAUUCCCCCGCGCCCGGGGAGGGGGCUCGCUCCAGACGAGCCUGAGGGAGUCUUUAAAAGGACUUCUCGGAGCUGGAAAGGAGCGAGAUCAAGGGAGGAAAUGCGGCUCUCCUGUGAUACCCCCUUCCCUUCUCCGUGGGCACAGAGCGGGUGCUCCCAGCCCCUCCCAGGAGCCGCCGCUCCCCUCGCAAGGCGCAGACCCCGCACCCGUGGCAGGGGGCCGGGCACAGCAGCGGGACCGGCAGCACAGCGGGACGACAGAGCGAGGGCUUGGUGGCCGGAGUGGAUCUGCACUGCUGGUGUGGGGUGCACCCCGAGCCAGAGACCUUGCACCUUGGGAGGUCCCCCCCGAGACUCCUCUCCGGGAGCUGCUCCACUUCGCGCAUCAAGAGAAGCUGUUACUGAGCUUGGUCUGACCCGGGGCUCUCCUGGAAGGAGUGACGGAGCCAAAGGGAUCUGUGGUCAUUUCAGCUCUCCCUCAGCCUUGGAGGAGAUGCAGCCCAUACUGAACUGAACUGGUUGAGCCCAUACUCCUCAACUGAACUGGUUUUGAAUCUGUCACACCCCUGAAAUCAGUUGGAUUGCAGAGGAGAACGGGGUGGAAGAGAAAUGUUUUGACAAAAACCCCAGUUACGGUGAUGUGCCAGUGCAGACAUCGGAGUUUAGCCCCAGCCUCGCCUGCCUGGGUGUGAGCACGGAGAUGUUGGGCUCCACACUUUCCUCUGGCUGAAGUUGCUUAAAUCAACUGAUAUGGGAGCAAAAUCAGAAGCAUGUGAUUUACACGACUGUUUGUGUGACAGGACCAGCUCAGCCGAAGAACAAGACGCCCAUGAAGUUUAAUCUCUCUUAGCCUUAAAAGAAAAACUGAGGAGUAAAAGUUAUGGAUCCUUUAUACUUUUCCAGCACGUUUAGCACAGAAGCUGGCUCCAGCGAUGUGAAUUCCUCACUGCUCACAAAUGUGACAGAGAACGGGACGCUCUCAGAGCAGCCCUCAUUCAAAUACAUCCACAAAGUCCUCAUUCCCAUCUGUUACCUCCUCGUAUGUGCGGUUGGACUCAGCGGCAACACAUUGGUCAUUUACGUGGUUUUGCGCUAUGCCAAGAUGAAAACUGUCACCAACAUAUACAUCUUGAAUUUAGCUGUUGCUGACGUACUCUUCAUGCUGGGCCUGCCCUUCCUGGCCACCCAGAAUGCCAUCUCCUAUUGGCCUUUUGGCUCCUUUUUGUGCAGGCUGGUUAUGACUGUAGAUGGUAUUAACCAAUUCACUAGUAUUUUUUGUUUGACUGUGAUGAGCAUGGACCGCUACCUGGCAGUAGUUCACCCCAUUAAAUCAACCAAGUGGAGACGUCCCAGGGUGGCCAAGCUCAUCAGCAUGACUGUCUGGACAUUCUCGUUCUUGGUGGUGCUUCCAGUGAUCAUCUUUUCAGAUGUGCAGGAAGACUUUCAGACCUGCAACAUGAACUGGCCAGAGCCUGUCAACAUCUGGUCAGCAGCGUUCAUAAUUUACACAUCGGUCCUUGGUUUUUUUGGUCCUUUGUUGGUGAUCUGUCUCUGCUACUUGCUGAUCGUGAUUAAAGUCAAAUCUUCGGGGAUCCGAGUUGGGUCUACGAGGCGCAGGAGAUCAGAGAGGAAGGUGACCAGGAUGGUGGUGAUCAUUGUGGUGGUCUUUGUGUUUUGCUGGCUCCCAUUUUACAUGAUGAACAUUGUCAAUUUGAUAUUUAUACUGCCAGAAGACCCUGUGUUGGUAGGGGUGUACUUCUUUGUGGUGGUCCUGUCCUAUGCAAACAGCUGUGCCAACCCCAUUCUUUAUGGAUUUCUUUCUGACAACUUCAAGCAGAGUUUUCAGAAAGUCCUUUGCCUCCGAAAGGGCAACGGCGUAGAGGAUGGUGACCCCAUUGAACACAGGCAAGAGAACAGCAGCCGCUUGCAGGAAUCCAUGUUAACCCAGAGAAAUAUUGAAUUCAACGGACAUAUGCAGACUAGCAAGGUCUAAGGGCAUGGUUUCGUACUGCAUGUAGUACCUGUAGACCUGGAGAAUUUGGGGACUUAAAGGAGAAAUGAAUUCAUAGCAAAGCUAGAAUCUGGAGACCCACAAACUCAAAUACAUGUAUAUAGACUUCUCUUUACUCCCCUCCGUUUCCCAGCUAAAAGUGUUAUGGGUUAUACUGGGCUGUGUGAGGCUCUUAUGGUGUUUUAGCUAAGUCAGACGUGUGUUACCACUUUCUGUAUUCCAGAGAACUGAUUUACUGGUAUACACUGCUGGCUUUGUAAUGCUCUAUUGAUGCAAAACAACACUAAACCUGUUUUAACUACCUUGUUAAGCUGAGUUUAUGGCUGCUUUGCACUGUUGGGAUCAGCUCAAAGCAGAAAAAUGCUCAGAUAAUAUCUUUGGAAGUCUUCAAGGAGAUCUCUUAAAAGAAAAACACUAUUUCUUAAGAGGAAGAUUCAUACAAAAAAGGCCACAGCACUGAUCUUAAAAUUGUGUACGAGCCAUGGUUAUAAAGUGCUGUGUAGUCCAUUUAGAUCGUUUUACUGUCAUUAACCCAUAUAAGAGAUUCAUAGUAUUCAUGAAUCUUUCAAACACAAUAAGAAAGAAUAAAAACAAGACGAGGAAAACAUUGUCGAAAGGAUUCAAUGUAUUCAUAAUACUUUCACAUUCUAAACCAAACUGCAUAUAAAAUGUAAUGUAACCACUUUAUUAUUAUGUAAGUGACGAUGAUUGUGAAGUCCUGGAAAGCUGUUGUGUAUAUUUAUUGGUUCUGAAUGUAAGUAUGGACAUGAAUAUAAACUGUAUUUUCAGAAAUUAAAACAAGU